UAGUUGUUCAUUUUGCUAGAAGAAAAAAAACUACAUUAACAAAGCUUAGCCAUCAACAUUAGGGUAGAGAAAAAGAAGAAGAAGAAGAAGAAGAAUAUGGGCAUAUUUAGAGAAGCCCCCAAUUGUUUUCCCGGAGGAUGGAACACCGGCGCGGCGGCACGGAUGGCAAAGUCGUGCGAGUAUUGCCACCUGGCCGCCGCGCUGGUGUUCUGUCGCACGGACAACACGUUCGUGUGCCUGUCGUGCGACACUCGCUUGCACGCCCGCCACGAGCGUGUGUGGGUGUGCGAGGUCUGCGAGCAUGCGGCGGCUAGCGUCACGUGCAGGGCUGACGCGGCCGCGCUGUGCCUCGCGUGCGACCGCGACAUCCACUCCGCGAACCCGCUCGCCCGGCGCCACGAGCGGGUUCCCGUGGUCCCGUUUUACGACCCGGUGGAGUCGGUCGUUAAGUCCACCGCCGCCACACUCCUCGUAUCAAUCAACGGUACCACAACCACAACCACGACCACAAUCGCCCCAGAGUUGAGUAAAGUAGAUACUUGUAUUGGACACCAUGAAAACAACAAUGAUCCAUGGAUUCCACCAAACACAAUCACAUCAAAACUUCCAUUAAACACAGAAAUGAAAGGAAUGGAUUUCAUAUUUACAGAUUCAGAAAACUUUCUUGAUUUUGAUUAUCCUGCUUGUGUAGACACACAAUCUCAACCUCAUUACAAUUCAUCAAAUGAUAGUGUUGUACCAGUACAAACUAAUACUCCAAUUAAAUCAUUGCCAUUUCAUCAUCAAGAAAAACAUUUUGAGAUUGAUUUCACUCAAUCACACAUCAAAUCUUACAACACCCCAUCACUCAGUGUGUCUUCGUCUUCAUUAGAUGUUGGAAUUGUACCAGAUGGAAGUUCAAUUUCAGAAAUAUCAUACCCAUAUAUAAGAACUAUGAAUAACAGCAACAUCAGUAUUGAUUUAUCGAAUUCUGCAAAUCAUCAAGGUGAAAAAUUACUGGGUUUAGAUAGAGAAGCAAGAGUUUUGCGAUACAGAGAGAAGAAAAAAAACAGAAAAUUUGAGAAAACUAUUCGUUAUGCUUCAAGAAAAGCUUAUGCUGAAACGAGGCCAAGAAUUAAAGGUCGAUUUGCUAAAAGAACAGACGGAAGCGCCGGCGCCGGCGAGUUUGAUGACGUUGACGGGAUUUUCUCCGGCGCCGAUUUCAUUGCGGCUGAGUCGCGAUACGGGGUCGUUCCUUCGUUUUUAACUUAAUUUAAUUAUUAUAUUAAAAAAAAAGAAAAAUAGUUUUAUUUUCUAUUUUUAGUUUAUAAGUUGUACUAGUAUUUCCAAAUUCCAAUUACCCGAAAAUAUCCAUAUGUGUAGUGGGUUUUUUAUGUGCUAAUGGAAGGGUAUUUUGGUAACUAAAAUAAUAGUCAAACUUUUUUUUUGGUUAUAUUUUUUUAAUAACUUGUUUGUUGAG